AACGUGUGUCUGCCUGCCUGCCUGCCUGCCUGCAGUCCUGGCUGAGACGUCUGACCAAUAGGGACCCCUGUGUGUCGUUGCAGUGACUGGCUCUGUUCACUCAUCUAACCCAUAUACGUGUCCAUCGAGGUGACAUGAACCAACAGGAAAAAUCAGGAGCCCACGAUGGAAAGGGUUGACAGUCAGUGAUUUCCAUGCCGCCGCGUCACCAGCUUGACUCACCCACAGAUAUACUAGCCAUUGCACACAGGCAGCGUCCCCCUAAGAGUACAACGUGGCGCAACGCAGCAUCGGUCACAUCAGUGACGGAGAUGGCACAUAUAGAUGGACAGAGUCGCCAGCGGCACACACAGCAGCUGCUAUCGACACACAAAAAGAAAAGCCGGAGAGAUCUCCCAGCCGGCUGUAGUUCGGACAUGCACACACCAUCUCUACUCGUUCUUGGCGGAGAGGGCCCUGCAAACACAGACACGGCAGGCGAGGCGAGCGACGGCCUUUUUCCCUUGCUGCUCCACAAAGCUGUCUCUUGCUUACCUAUCGUGCGUGAGGGCAUCGCCUGGGCUAGCUUAGCGUACUCACCGGUCAUCCAUAUUCGAAUAGCGCCCCCUGUCGCUGGCAUCACACGCCAGCAGCGGGGUUGGCGGUCUGACCCCGCAUCGAUACGAGAUGAAUGACGUCACGAAGGCUGACACCCCGUAGAGCACCUGAGCAGGAAGAAAAAACAAACCAGGUAGAUGGUGGUGGGUGUGUGAGGUGAGCUGUGGUGUGCCGUGGUAUGGCAUUGGCUACCGGUCCCCACAGUGUGUCCCCCACCGCUACCCAUAUCGACCACCUGAUUUGAGUCGGCCAGACAUACAGACGGAUCAACCAAAGACAUUGUGUCCCGCAUGCUUACUUGGCUAGCAGUGCGCACACUGUCCAUGCGUAGACACCGUAGACGACCAGCUGAAUAGACGAACGCACACAUACCCAUCCUCGACGUCCAUGGGGCGUCGACGUGCGCUCUCCCUGCUCCGUGCUGCUUACGCCGAAAAGUGCCGCAAAGAGAGUCUCUCUAAACGGCCGCAACUGAUCUUUCGGCGUGACGACCUGGAGAUGAAACCGACAAAACCAACAGGUAGACGAAAAGGAUGCGCAGAUCUAGUUGACACCGACAGUACCGUCACGCCCAGGGUGAUAAACAAGUAUGCGAGAAGCCCGGGGAGGGGCCGCACACCCAUGCUCGCUCCUGCAUGACCCGACAUACACAGGUGAGUCGCGUACGUUGCUUUCCAUCGCCCUGCUCUGCCCUGAUCUGACCUUGAACCGCGUGAACCAUUGGUUGGUAUUGCGGCAGCACAAAGAGAUUGAUCCACGCGACGUCGAGGAGUGUUGUAACGACCGCAGCGAUGAGGAACGUGAGGCAGUAAUACCUGAGUCCGUUUUUGGCGCACAUCUGACGGUACUCAGCCUACAUGUAUGUGUAUGUGCGUACUUGACGGUGGCAACAGAAUCAGCCAU